GAAAUUCCUUGGAGUAUGGCUGGAAGAAUAAGCUCAUCCCCAUCAACGGCCGUCUACCAAGGAGGGGAUGAAAUCGGCGUCGGCGCCGUCGGCAGGACCCCCAUAAGCGGUCGUGGUGGUGCUAUGGUGAUGAGAAGCGUUUCCAUAUUCCUGACAAAUGGUCGGAAAGUCUCCAUAGUGUCCAAGAGGCAGCAGAACAUUUCGGCGGGUACCGUUUCCGGCGGAAGACGUCGUAAAAAAAUGCCCGACGACGGAAGCAUCAAGAGCGCAGCUUUCAAUACGAAGAUCAUCGAGACGCUUAGGAAGAAAACUAAGUUCUCCAGGGGUGAAUUAGAAGCGCUUUGGAAAAUUUAUCGUAAACUGAUAACCACGCCUGGACAACAAGUGGGACCGGUAACCACUAUAAACGGAAUGCCGUCGCCCGUACAGACGAUCGAAGGUAUUGACAGGACUAUUUUUCGUGAACUUCUUCAUAACACUUUUGAUAUUAUUACCGAAGACACUCUCGUGGAACGUAUGUUCUGUUGUUGGGACAAAGACAACGAAAGUGCUAUAAGGCUGGAACCGUGGAUUAUGGGAUUGGACGUCUUUUUACGUGGUAGUCUGAGGGAACGUAUGGAAUUUUGUUUUCGCGUUUACGAUCUUAACGGUGACGGAUACAUUACGAAGGAUGAGAUGUUUCAGUUGUUGAAAAAUUGUCUAAUCAAACAACCCGGCGAGGAGGAUCCGGACGAAGGUGUCAGAGAUCUUUCUGAACUUGCGUUAAAAAAAUUGGACGUUGAUCACGACGGGAAAGUUUCUUUCGAAGAUUACGAAUUGGCAAUAAAAGAGGAGCCAUUGCUGUUGGAAGCUUUUGGACAGUGUUUGCCUACGGAGGAAAGUUCUACAGCUUUUCUGACUACGUUGCAGCCCUAAAAAAAAUGUAUAUAAGCCAUACGUUGAUUAAAAUAAAUUUCUUCAAUAAAAUUCAUUCACGUUCCACAGCCUACUGCUUAAUUAAAAUGCUUAUGGCUAAUUGAAAUUUCACAGGUAAAAGUGUGUUCCUUUUUAAUUAGGUAUCACUGAUGAGGUAAUAACAAUGUUGAUUAAACUUUAACGAAGUACUUCACGGCUUAAGGAGAAGCUGAUAAGAGUACAUUGGCUGAAUCGUUUGCGUAUCGAAUUGGCAAGAAUUUCAUUAGGAGUCGUCGGCUAUCGUUCUAUUCAAAUGAGAAGAGGAACUGAGAGCUAUAAAAUUUUAUUAUUGACACAGUUAGACAUUAAUUGGACAAGGUUAUUUAUUUUAAUCGUACUUUCUACGAUUUUGCGAUUAGGCAGUUUUUUGCUAUUUCAAGGCACCUCAACACCGAAAGGAAGAUCGACGUGUAUUAGAACGAAGAAAGUUGAGUUAACGAACCCAAAAGGAGAAGCAAGAGAAUGAAUCUAGCGAGUUUAAAUUUUGCAAAAAAAAAAUGUAAAAAAUUUUUACCAAUAAAUAUAUCCCAGAUCGA